AUGACUUCCACCCUGUUUGCCCUGGCGGGCUUCAACGGCCACAUUAUCUCCCAGAUAGACUAUGACCUGGAAGAGGCCAUGCAGAAGGACCAGGGGUUGCAGUUUGUGUGCAGAGGAUCUCGGUCCCUGUUGGCGCAGCAGGAAAUCUUCACACACGUCCUGGAUGAGAGCGGCUAUUGCUCCGACGGGUUUUACUGGGAUGGAGAGCCCGUCUUCCCAGAUCUACCCAGUGAUGGCGUGUAUUCCAACAUGGACGCACCUGUUACCCAGUCAAACAUCAAAUUCUGUGCCAACAGUGUGUUAAAGAAUGUGAAAGAGCGUGCCAUCUGGCUCCAGACACCACACGUCCUCUGGCCCUGGGGUCAGAGGUUUGGCAUCCAAGGAGGGAUGCGUCCACCAGGUGAUACCCUCUGGACUGCUUGUGCCAAGAGGCCGGCAGACAAGAGGAAGGCCAGCAGCCUCGCAGGGAUCACUGACGGAGCCCACAGGAGCCCCAGCCCCAGUCCGCAGGCCUCUGGGAUGGGGUCAGUGCUCACACAGCUGCUGCUGUUGUGGCUUCUGGAAACCCUGCCCGAGUCCACGAUCAGGGUCUUCGUGAUCCCUCACAGUCAAUUGGAUGUGAGCUGGCUCCAUACCGUCCAGGCUUCACCUUUCUCCGGAGCAGUCACUGAUGGGGAGACCCAGAGGCCCAGCGUCUUGCUCAAGGUAGCAAAGCUCAGACUGGUGUCCACCAGUUUGCCCCCCACCCAGAGAAGGGAUGAGAACCUGCAGCUUGUGGAGCUGAGAGCCCAUUACACGGGCUCACCCAGCAAGGCUGAUCUCUUUGCAGAAGGACACGGGUUUCUCUACCAAACGUUUGGGAUCCGGCCGCAGUUCUCCUGGCAGGUGGACUCAUUUGGCGCAUCCGCCAUGACCCCCCUGUUUGCCCUGGCGGGCUUCAAUGGCCACGCCAUCUCCCGGAUAGACUAUGACCUGAAGGAGACCAUGCAGAAUGACCAGGAGAUGCAGUUCAUGUGGAGAGGAUCCCGGUCCCUGUUGGCGCAGCAGGAAAUCUUCACGCACAUCCUGGAUGAGAGCGGCUACUGCUCUAAAGGGUUUUACUGGAAUGAAAGAGCUGUCUUCCCAGAUCCACCCUGGGAUGGAAUGUACCCCAACAAGACUGUUCCUGCCACUCUGAGCAACAUCCAACGCUAUGCUAACACCCUGUCCUACAAUGUGAGGAAACGAGCCUCCUGGUUUUUGACACAAUACAUCCUCUGGCCCUGGCAGCACGAUAGGCGGUUCUUCAAUGCCUCGGUGCAAUUUGCCAACAUGGACCAUCUAAUGGGCUACAUCAACAAGCACAUACCCCAGUUUGGUGUGCUGAUGGUGUACGCCACGCUGGGCGAAUACUUCCAAACUCUGUACUCUGAACACGAGCCAGUGCAGGUCCGAGACCACCGUUACUUCCUGCCGUAUUCUUCAGGUGUGUUUCAGUCCUGGACCGGGUUCUAUGCCUCCCGAAGUGGGCUCAAGGGGCUGGCGCGGCGAGCCAGCGCUCUGCUCUACGCCGGGGAAUCCAUGUUCACACGCUUCAUGUUGGCUCCCCACCAGUUCCUGGACCAGGCCUGGGCCCUGCAGCGGCUCCAGCGGCUCCGCUGGGCGGUCUCCGAGGUCCAGCACCACGAAGCCAUCACCGGGACUCACACCCCCAAGGUGAGUGACGUGUUUGUGGGACGCCUGAACACCAGGAAGCAUGGGGUGCAGAAGCUGAUGUCCACCAUCAUCCACGACAGGUUCCCAGCCCACACAGGCCUUGAGACUGGGGGAUUCUUUGCUGUGAUCUACAACCCCCUGGCCUGGACAGUCACCACCAUCGUCACCCUGACUGUGGACUUCCCCGAGGUCAGCGUCACAGAUGAGUCAGGCCACCCCGUGCCUGCACAGGUCCAGAACUCAAAGGAGAUGCCAUCUGUCUAUGACCUGCUUGUGCUGACCACGAUCCCAGGACUCAGUUACCGGUAUUACGUCAUCAAGCCCAGCAGGACGGCCAAGGAGGACACUCAGGAGACUGAGGCCACGAUGGCCAACACCAAGCAGUUUGGCCGCAUGCCCGGGAGACAUGACUCAAGCGUGGUCAGGCGCCUGGUGCACGUGGAGAACGACUGCUACACCGUGUACCUGGACAAGGACAGCAGCCUGAUGGACAGCAUCUGGGAGAGGCAGGUUGAUUCCUCCAGUUCCAUUCUUCUUUCUCAA